GCGUAUAAAAGAAUGAAUUUCGAUGAGUGCAAAACAGUCAAGUCAGUCGUAAAAAGACAAGCAGACACAAGCUUCUUUAAAGUACCUAGAACAAGCAAGAAGUAAUUCCACAGGUAUGUAGCAAAAGUCUAAGACAUUUGUACAUAUAUGUUAGAGGCCAAGGAGUUUUUUUAAUUAACUGACAGAGUGCCGCAUGCCCAAGGCUUUCACAGUUGAAUAAGACCCGAUACCUGCGGCCUAUAUUUAAUUUGUUAUAUGCUCGGUAGGCCGUAUUUUUCGGAGGUUUUCUUUAUACCUACGAUUAGAUCGAUUUGUUAAAUGAAAUUGCCUUAUACAGUUUGUGGAAUCGUAUUCAGUCAGGUCAAAAUGCGUUGUUUAAAACUUUUGACGAAAUAUGCUCACGAUUUUCGCACGUGUAAUUGUACAAUAUAAUUCUUGGCAAUGAUUUAAAUCGUAUACAUAGUAUACAUAAUACAUACGAAAAUUUUAUUUCGCCGUGCGGCGUAUUUUGCGGGCUAAAAUAGUCCACAGUUCGCUUGUCUUAACAAAUGAAACUAGCCUUUUUUAUACCAAACUAUCACUUCAUAAAUUGUGUAAACUAUUUCCUUCUUUUGUCUUUUGAGAACGGUUUAGUUUAUUUUUCUCCGUUAAGCCUGCCGCACACGAGAGCUAUCUGCUGAGCAAAAAGUUACUCGUGCCUGUUAGCUCAGCUGAUAGCUCACCGAUCAAACAUGUUUGAUACGUGAGAAAAGGUUGCAUGAGGCAAAAAACUCAGUAAAAUGUACGCGCACACGGUGAGCUAUCGGCUGAGCUAACAGGCACGAGUAACUUUUUGCUCAGCACAUAGCUCUCGUGUGCGGCAGGCUUUAGGCCCGUUUCAUACGCCGUACUUCACAUGUGCCGAAUACAUUAAAGACAAUAGGUAAUGAGCUGAAAUGCCUCAUUAUCUAUUGUUUUUAAUGUAUUCGGUACAUGUGAAGCACGACGUAUGAAACGGGCCUUAAUUAAUACAACGAAAUAACCAUGUAUAUGUAGAUCGUGAAGACGACAUUGCAAUUAUUCUAUUAUUUACCGUUUAUUUGUUAUCGUUUAUACUGUAAACGCCCUCUAAAGUUAUUAUAAUAGUAAUACAGUUGAUGUUCUUCGGCAUAAAUAUGUUUUGGCCCUUGUCAAAACUCAUGACAGAGUCUGGCCAAAACAUAUUUAUGUCCGCGAACAUCUGAAACAACGCGUGCUCGCUUUCUUUCUGUGUAGCUGAAAUUCACGAUGGUUUCCAAAGUGUUGGUGAUGAUUUUAUUCAUGGUAGCAAUUGACGAAGCCAUUGGUGCCUGGCCCUGUUCUACCAACUGCUGGCACAAAGAUUGGAAAAAACGGGACUCGGAAUCACGGCGAUCAGGAAUGUACCAUAAGAGGUGCUCGUACAUUCAUUACUGGCGAUACAAAAGCAUUCGUUGGAAAGAUGGACGUUGUUAUUGCUAUGGACCACCAAGGUGUGUUAGAGCGCCAGUCGUCACAUGCGCAAGCAACUGCUGGCACAACGAUUGGAAUAAGCGAGAUCAACGAGCAAGAGCUGCCGGACAGUACAACAAACGAUGUUCUUACGGAUAUCACUGGGGUGGACGGUGUUAUUGCUUUGGAUCGCCAAUUUGUUAAACUGAGCCAAGAACUAUCAAUUAGAACUUGAUUGAUUUGAGAACUAAAUUAUAUGUCGUGUAACUAUAACUGCACGAGGCCUUAUUUCUAGGGUGAUCGCUCGUUCAACUGAUUUAAAUGACAAAUCACAAUGAAAUAAAUACUUCUAAAAAAAUCUACAUAUGUUGUUUUGUAUUUAAUGAACGCAAUGGCAUCGCCGUAGUGUCUCAAGACAACUGCAUAUUACAGGAAUCGAACCUAAACGCAGAGGCGAA